UCAGUUCCAAACGGCAUGUCUAAUCGGAAAGUGCUUUUCUGGCUGCUAAAGCCGCUGCUGCUAAUCUGCCUCGGAAUUUUUCCCGCGGAGGUUAUCUCCUAUUCCAUCCCAAAUCCCUGCCAGGGUGGACAAAUUUAUAGCAAUGGAGCCUGCAGUCCCGUCAUUGUGAAUGUGUUUAAUGGAUGUGGUGGUCAAACGGGAAUCCCUUGCUUUUCUGUUAGUAAUGGAAGUCCAGUGGUGGUUCCUGGCACUCCUGGUUGUCCCAAUGCACCUAAAAAUCCCAUAGUGGAUCCAAUCAAUCCUGUAUAUCCCAGUGACCCCUCAAAUCCCAUAGUGAAUCCGGUAAAUCCGCUUUGUCCCAAUGCUCCCAAACCGCCGAUUGCGGAGCCGAUAGCUCCUAUUAAUCCCAUUGCUCCUACAAAUCCCACAGUUCCCCCAGUCAACCCACUUUGUCCGAACGCUCCUAAACCACCCAUAGUAGAUCCAUUAGAUCCUAUUUAUCCCAGUGAUCCUACAAAUCCUAACGUGGACCCACUUAAUCCUGUUCAUCCGAGUGAUCCUACAAAUCCCAUUGUGAAUCCGACUAAUCCCCUUUGUCCCAAUGCUCCAAAACCACCAAUAGUGGAUCCGGUUACUCCUGGUUGUCCGAAUGCUCCUGCAAAUCCCAUUGUGGUACCUCCAACUCAGCCAACUGGUUGUCCUCCGUCUUCAAAUUCUCCCUGUCCGAACAAUUGCAAUAACAAUUGUAAUUGUCCCAACAAUUGUCCCAAUUCCAGCACUCCUUGCCCGACUCCUUCACCAAAUACUCCUCCCACAAAUCCUCCAACUCCAAGUCCUUUCCCUACUCCUUAUCCCACUCAAAAUCCCCAACAACCAGAUAGUACACCCCAUCCCUAUCCCAAUCCCACUGCUCCAACUAUUCCACCACCGGCACCCAUUACCAUUUGCCCAAAAGGAACAAUCCUAGUAAGAGGCAACUGUCGCCUGCUCUUCUGCGGAGGACAUGGAAUCUACAACGAGGGUCGCUGCGUCCAGGCUCGGUGUCCUGCAGGCUAUAUUUGGACGGGACUCAGGUGCUCGAAGCCCCAACCUGUGGACAUUGGCAACAUUCACAUCGAGAACAAUUCAUACCAGACGUCGGGCAAUCUCCCCCACCUGAUUACGAAUAAUGUGAACAACGUCAAGGUCAAUGCCUCCAUUGUCCUUCAAGGACAAAGCUCCCAGGAGGAGGAGGAGGAAGAGGAGGAAGUGGUGGUGCCAAGACCACCCGCAGGACCCUGCUGCAAUGUGGUGGCUCCCAGGAUUUGCACCAACCAAGCGGAUCAGAUCGGUUACAAGUGCUUUAGCCGGACUCAGCAGCAAUGCGGAUCCUUUUGCAGUGCCAACAAGGUGGUGCUUGCACCAUCGACUGUCACCACUUGGACGCAGGACAACGCCCAGAUGGUGGUGAUGCCGCCCAACUGGGUGGGGCAGGGUUGCCAGUCCACCGGAGGCAUCUGCCAGCCAGCUCAGAACUUCUACGACUGCAGCGGUUGUGCCAUGGGUGAUUUUUCCACUUGCUCCUCGUAUUGCUACUCCUACAAGUGCAGCAACCACAAUUGUGCCUAUUAUGACCAGGGCCAAUACUGCUCCCAAUAUCCUGGCCAAAUCGGUUGCCGUGCAGAUGAUGGAUGGUUUCCAGCAGAAUAAAAUUCAGAAUGAUUUUUGUAAUAAAAAUUGAAUAACAUUCAAUAAAACUUUUGGGCUUUGUUAUAUAAAA